AUGGCCUCCCUCCUCCCCCCGAAACCCAAGGCACGCCAGAAUCUGGUCAAGCGCGCCUGCGACCCUUGCAAGGUCCGCAAGAUCAAAUGCUCUGAACAUCCGCCGUGCACGGGAUGCAUAGCCGCCGGAAUUGAGUGUACGUUCAAGCGCUCCCCUCUCACACGAGGGCCACGCACCCUGCGGGCCAGGACCAUUGACAGGAUCGCCAAGGAGUGCAGCACCGUCGCGGACAGCAGCCAGGGUGAUCUAGCUGGUCUGCUGGAUAUUUACGCCGAGAGACUGUUCCCGAUAUGGCCCAUCCUGGACGCGCGAGAGCUGAAGCGUCAAUUAACGGCAGAACCGAGGGAGGAAAACGCACAUCACCUGGCGCAGGCUGUGGCCCUGGCUACCGUCGCGCAACUCAACCUCAGGGCGGCCUGGUCACCGGAUGUCGAGCUCGUCGAGAGGGAUGUGCAAAAGGCCUCGCUCGACUUGCUGGAUAGCCUGCGGGUCUCCUUCUACCUUCACAUCUACCACGAGAACCAGCAGGCGGGCGGGAUCAAGAGCCUGCUCUACCUACGGGAGGCCAUCACCAAGGCGCAGAUCUUGCGGAUAGAUCGCGAGGCGACGUAUGCGCAGCACCCAGAGCCGAAGCAGCAGCUGCUGAGACGCGUGCUCUGGCUGCUUUUCGUGACUGAGCGAGGCGUCGCCAUGCUGCACAAGCUCCCCGUCGUCCUGCGUCCCAACAUUCUCCGGCCCAAUGUCCUGCUGCCCUGCUUCGCAGAGCACUCCGAGACCUCGGCGCCUGUCCUCCCCGCCUUUCUCAAGCUCGUCCACCUGUUCUGGACAUUCGACCAGUCUGGCAUCUUUGAGCUCCUGCGCAACGCCGACACGGACGUCUCGUCCAUGGAGUCCCUGGCACGCGGGUGUCUAGAGUUACUACAGCAAAAGCUCACAGAGGAGCAGGACGAGGCGACGAGUGGGAACGAUGUGCAGAGGGCCGACAUGCUCGUCACGCGGCAGUGGAUGCGGGCCGUGCUCUGGCGCGCUGCGUUGCGGUUCGGUGUCGUGGCCCCCGGACUCCUGAAUCCCAUUGACGUGGCGAGUGAGUUCCUGGGCCUAGUGAGUGCCCUUCCCAUGAGCGCGCUGGAGAGUCAGGGUCCGACGCUUGAGUUUAAGACCUACGAGAUUGCUACGGCUGUGGUGGAUGCUGUAGCGGACAGCCGACUUUCCUUUACGUUUUCCUCGUCCCUAGAUCGACCCAAGGACGUCCUGGCUGGUCUACACGCCAUCCUGUCGUCGUCGCGAGGUGGCAACAAGACAUUGAUCAAUCUGCUGAACGCGCGCAUGGCAGCGUGCUGUCCUGACUUGAAGCUCUUCCAGAACCCGAGCCCGCCCCGUCUGAUGGGACAGGACGCGUGGGACUUUCUCGAGGGACAGGGCAUGACCAGUGGCUUUGAGGGUGAGGAGUUGGCGUGGCCGCCGCUGGAUCUUGGGAACCUGCUCAGGAGCCCGAGUCCCUUGACGAGGAUGCUCUUGGAGCAGCCGCGGGCGAUGUAG